UUAAAAUCGGGCCGACACGAAUCUUUCGACACGACGCCUCAACGGUAAAAAUUAAGAAAGGAAAAACUCAUCGUCACGAUCCUAGGGAGGCCAAAAUCCAGAAGGGCGUAAACCCCGCAAGCGAAAAAAGUUUCCCUAGAAAGCUGAGUCGAUCUAGCUAGUGGACUCCGCUGUGGAGCAUAAGGAACAGAAGAGAUGGUGGAUCCAUACAGUACGCCGCUCGGCAGAAUGCUAUUGGAGGAGAUCACUCCGGUGGUUAUGGUCCUCCAAACACCUCUCGUCGAAGAAUCGUGUCUCAAGAACAGCCUCUCAUUUAUCCAGAUGCUUAGCCCUUUCUGCAACUUCACCAACAUCGAUGUUCCUGUACGGACAGCGAGUGAUCAACCCUACCGGCUUCACAAAUUCAAGUUAAGAUUGUCCUACGCCACCGACAUUAGGCAGCUUGACCCGGAGGUGGUGAAGGAGCAGUUGAAGCAGGUGAUUAGCCAGGCUGGGGAGAAAGACCAAAUUGAACUGCCCUUUGAUCCCCCAAACAUCAGUGAUUUACUCUCUAGCUCCGAAUCUGAAAUUGUACCAUCGUGGUUUCAAUUUAUAAAUAAAGAGCUCAUACGCACUGUGUCUUUUUCUGAGCAUGAGGCUUUUGACCAUCCGGUGGCAUGCUCCGAAUCUGAAAUUGUACCAUCGUGGUUUCAAUUUAUAAAUAAAGAGCUCAUACGCACUGUGUCUUUUUCUGAGCAUGAGGCUUUUGACCAUCCGGUGGCAUGUCUUUUGGUUGUUUCUUCGAAGGAUGAGCAGCCUAUCAACAGAUUUGUUGACCUUUUCAACACUCACAAGCUGCCCUUUCUUCUUAAUGAUGGUGCAAUGGGCCCAAAGAUUUUGAAGUAUUAUUUGUUGGUGCAUGAUAAUCAAGACGGCUCUUUAGAAAAGGCAGCUAAGAUUUUUGUGGAGAUGAGAAAUACUUUCGGUUCAAAUGCUUGUCGAUUGCUUUGCAUUAAUUCAUCUCAGGAUGGGCUGAUAGAACAUCAUGAUAACCCUUGGUCUCCUUAUAAAUCUGAUACUUCAUCUGUUCAGAAACUUGGUUGCUUCCUCAACAUUGAUGACUUUAAUGAGAUUAAGGACUUUGCCCAUGAAUUGUCAUCUAAACACAUUAUUCCAUACAUGGAGGAGAAAAUUCGUGUUCUCAAUCAGCAGGUUUCUGCAACAAGGAAAGGUCUUAGAAAUCAAAUUAAAAACUUAUGGUGGAGGAAAGGAAAAGAAGAAAUUCAAGAUUCCCCCAAUGCUGCUAUGUAUACCUUUAGUUCAAUUGAGUCACAAAUCAGAGUUUUGGGUGACUAUGCCUUCAUGUUACGGGAUUAUGAACUUGCAUUGUCAAACUACCGACUAAUUUCCACAGAUUACAAGCUCGAUAAGGCGUGGAAACACUAUGCUGGUGUACAGGAAAUGAUUGGCCUAACUUAUUUUAUGAUGGAUCAAUCAAGAAAGGAAGCAGAAUAUUGCAUGGAAAAUGCAUUUAAUACUUAUUUGAAAAUUGGUUCAUCUGGUCGGAAAAAUGCUGUACGGUGUGGACUUUGGUGGGUGGAAAUGUUGAAGGCAAGAGAUCAGUAUAAAGAGGCUGCUACAGUAUACUUCCGCAUUUGUGGUGAGGAACCAUUGCACUCUGCUCUUAUGCUUGAACAAGCAUCUUAUUGUUACUUGCUUUCCAAACCACCAAUGCUGCACAAGUAUGGAUUUCAUCUUGUUCUUUCGGGUGAUCGCUACAAAAAAUGUGAUCAGAUUAAGCAUGCUAUACGUACCUACAGAGUUGCUAUUUCUGUUUAUAAAGGAACAACGUGGAGCUACAUCAAAGAUCAUGUUCAUUUUCAUAUUGGACAGUGGUAUGCUCUUCUUGAGAUGUAUGAUGUGGCUGUCUCACAUAUGCUGGACAUCCUGGCUUGUGGUCAUCAGUCAAAGACAACACAGGAAUUGUUUCUGAAGGAAUUUAUUCGUAUUGUUCAGAAAACUGGCAAAACCAUUGAGGUAUCGAAGCUUCAGUUGCCUGCCAUCAACGCAUCAUCACUAAAGGUUAUUUUUGAAGAUCAUCGGACUUAUGCAUCUCCUGCAGCUGUUAGCGUUGGAGAAAAUCUGUGGCAUGCAUUAGAGGAGGAAAUGAUUCCAUCUAUCCCAACUGUGAGGACUAAUUGGCUGGAGGCGCAGUCAAGGCUUCUCCCAAGGAAAUAUAUAGAAUCAAAUGUUUGUGUGGCAGGAGAACCAAUAAAAGUUGGUGUUGAAUUUAGAAACCCCCUGCAAAUAUCUAUUUCUAUCUCCAGUGUUUCUUUAAUGUGUGAGCUUAGUGCAAGAUCUGAUGAAACCAAUCCUGGUUUAAACAGCUCUGGCCCUGAACUUCAGAAUGAUGAGGGAUGUAUGUCUAGUGGGGAUUUGAGGUUGGAAAGUUCUUCAUUUACAUUGUCCGAGGCUGAUAUUACAUUAGGAGGGGCUGAAACUGUUUUGGUUGAACUGACAGUUACCCCCACUGUAGAAGGCAUUCUGAAAAUUGUUGGAGUGAGAUGGAAACUGUCAGAUUCUGUAGUUGGUCUUUGUAGUUUCGAGUCUAACACAGUGAAUAAAAAAGUCACUAGAGGGAGAAGGAAAAGCAAGCAGCAUCCCAGCAAUAACCUGAAGUUUGUAGUGGUCAAGAGUCUGCCCAGAAUCGAGGGUUCCAUUCAUCCGCUACCAGAGAAGGCAUAUGUGGGAGAUAUACGGCAACUUGUUUUGGAGUUGAGAAAUGGAUCAGAAUUUUGUGUGAAGAACCUGAAGAUGAAAAUCAGUAAUCCUCGAUUCCUUUGUGUUGGUUGUCAAGAAGAUUUGAGUGUACACUUUCCUGCUUGUUUAGAAGAGAGCACAGAUGUUGAACAAAGUGCUGUACAUGCUAAACCUAAUAAAAUGUCGAGUAAUACUUUAAUUGCUUUUCCAGAGGAGAUUUCGGUACAAGGGGAAAAACCCUUUUUGUGGCCCCUCUGGCUUCGGGCUGCUACUCCUGGAAAUAUUUGCUUGCACAUAUCAAUUUAUUAUGAGAUUGGAGAUGUUACAAGUGCCAUAAGAUUCCGCACUCUGCGCAUGCGUUACAAUUUGCAGGUGUUUCCGUCAUUGGAUGUGUCAUUUAAAAUUACUCCUUGUCCAUCAAAACUGGAGCAGUUUCUUGUGUGCAUGGAUGUUGUCAACAGGACCAGUUCAAAGAAUUUCCAGGUCCAUCAGUUAUCAGCUGUUGGACACCAGUGGGAAAUUUCGUCACUUCAACCCAUGAAUGUUAUCUUUCCAUCACAAUCUUUAAAUGGUGGUCAAGCUUGUUCUUGCUUCUUUAUACUCAAGAGUCGUUGCAAAUCAAUGUUCACUGAAGACAAAACCUGUCCCUCUCUUCUUGGAACCGAUGUGAGAUUGGGUCCUCAGGGAGACAAUGGAGUUCUGUUCGAUAUAUCUAGGUCGCCUUUGGCUGAUUUCCACAACCACGAAAAGCUGCAGCAGGGAGUAUUUCAUCAGGAAGAUACAAACAUGGCAGACUUUAUUUUGAUAUCUCGACUGCAAGAGGAUGAUAUUGGUUUUAUGAGUUCUGAUGAGUCUCGGUUUUUUUCUUAUCAUGGAUGUCAUUGCAGUACUGCAAGCACAGGCCCGAUCUCGUGGGUGCUGGAUGGGCCUCAGACCAUACACCAUGACUUCUCUUCAUUUUGUGAAAUAAAGUUGAGGAUGACCAUUUACAACUCAUCAGAUGCUGUUGCAAAUGUAUGCAUUAAGACCUAUGACUCCACCGGCAGUAGUGGUCAGAUCUCUGAUGUGAGCACUGCUGGAUAUCAUAUAGGGUGGCAUGAUGUAUCUCUAACAAAUGGCGUCAAAGUUGAAUCUGAUGUUACUGGAACCAGUAUAGCGAAGUCGUCGUCAUUAGAAAGUAUCUCUCCGUUCAUUUGGUCAGGAUCGAGCUCUACUAGUAUCGAACUCAAGCCUGUCUCAUCGGCUGAAAUUCCUCUCCAAAUUUGUGUAUUCUCUCCUGGGACAUACGACUUAUCAAGCUAUGUUUUGAAAUGGAAUCGACUACCUUCCAUCAUCAAUCAGGAAAAUCCAAAGGAAGUGAGACGAUCAUCAGGGACUUGCAAAGGGUAUCCAUUUUAUCUCACUGUUCUUCAAUCUGCUUGAGAUUUGAUAUUGUGCAUUUUUGCUUGUAAAUUAUUGUUCUUCAAUGUAUUUCUUUCCCCUACAUCUGACAACAGAAAAUGUGAGUAGUUCAGAAGUUGGGUGAUGCAGCUAAAUUCAAUUUUGGCCUUCAAUAACGAGUAAUGAAAAUGAAUGUAGUAGAGUUUAUUAACAUUA